AUGGAGGAGCACGAGCGGCUGCCUGCUGAACUCGCGAGCCAGGUGGAGAGCCUCUUCGUGUCGCAGCCGGAGGCGGAUGUGUCUGCGGCCGUGGAGACACUCUUCCAGGUGGAGAGGGCAAUCUCCACGGAUGAGCUCUCGGGAGCCAUCUCUCCACAGGAUGCAGCCCGGGCGCGAGGGAUCAUGCACGACCCGGAUGCUCUGUUCGGGUACGUGCGCGCGUCCGAGUGCCGCGCUGAUGCGGCCGCGAUGCUCGUCCUCGCGUCUGCUCACGGCGAGGACGACGGCGCCACCCACGCCCCUGCCGGCGGCGCUCACGUCUUCGAAGGCGACGGCGACGAGUCCCCGCUGCACGCCCUGUCCGAGGUCACUGGCCUUGCGCCCGAGGAGGCGAUCGUGCUGCUCGAGGCGGCAGGGGGCGACCUCUCCGCGGCCGUCAGCCUGCACAUCGAGAACGGCGAGGCCGACGCGGAGCUCCGCCGCCGCCAGGUCGGCUCGGGGCAGGCUGGCGAGGCGGUGGCCGCAUUCGGCUCUCUCCUGGGCAUCCGCCGCGUGAGCGCGGUGGUGCUGCCGACGCGAUGCCUCGGUUGGCGGCGCGAGACGAGCGCCGUGCCGCUCCGUCGGUGCGCUCCCGCCUCUGAGCUCAAGGCGCUCGAGCUGCGCGAGGCGGCGCGGAGAGGUCUCGAGGGUCUUGGGCGUGUCUCCAAGUCCGCGCCGCUCUCGCCGGCCUCGUCGCCAGCGCCGUGCCGCUUGCCGUCGCGACCGCCGUAG